AUGCCUGCGGAUUACUAUCUGAGAACGACAGAGAGCUCUGACUGCUAUAAAUUCACAUUUCAUGGUAAGAAAAGGGGUUGUGAGGUAUACAAGUGCGCUCAUUGUUGUAAAGAAAAAUGGCACAAUCAAAUAGAUUUGAUCGACGAUGAAUUCCAAGAAGACCCGUGCAAGCUGCCGCACAAAUGCAUCCCUAAGAGCUACAGUAAGAAUCACAUGGAUCGUUCAAUGUACGAAAACUUCCAGAAAAUCCGAAAUGACCCCGAUUACUUCUAUUCAUCACUUGAUCUGAACCCCACAUAAACGAUCCAUGGCUAAAGUGGUCCUCAGCUCGCAUUUACUGGAUUUACUUUGAAGCUCAAUGUCCAUUUGUGUGCAACGCACCUAUCCUACUAUCGUGAUGUGCAUUACAAAAAUAUUCUCG